CUCGAGAAUUGCUGCUCAUUUCAGCUUAGCCCAGCUUCGACCAGCUCAGACCAGGUCUCUAGAUUAAAUAGGAAGGCCUGGUACUCAGCUUAUUUUAUUGACCCGCGUUUUUCGUUAGCGUUUAGAUCUGACAUUAAAGGGCAAGCCCCGUUAGUGCUGUGAGCCAUUGGCGGGACUUAGCCUCUGUGGCUACAAGCGUUUUCUUGAUUCCGAUUUGUCAUUCCCGAGGCGCCAGAUAGCGCGAUGGUUGCGACUCUCGCCUUGUAUUCCAGCUCCUCACCCGGGGCUGUUCUUUCCUCUUCAAAAUCCUUCUCGCCUUUUCCUACCGUGUCCGAUGGGGAUGCAACCAGCGCGUUAGACAACCAAAACAACCGUAAAUCUUCCCGAGGCGGCCUGUCCUCCCUGCUUACGUCAUCGAGUCCUAGACAUGGCUCUUAUGGCUCCCUGCCGAGCUCCGAGCUCACCGGAACCUUGGGAUCUGGCGCUUUCGGUGGUCAGGAUAGCGCUUAUUUCGGCAACAGUGUAAAUAACACUGGGUCUUUAUCUGACGGCGGUCGGUUUCUCACCACAGCAGUUAACAUCCCGUCUAACAGCUCUAAGCUUAAGCCUCGUCGCUCCAGCCUCUCCGUGAGCACGACAACGACGACCAGAAGCGGCUUCCACACCUCCCUCGCCUCGUCCCUAACAUGCAGAAGCGAGCCCCGUCUCUCAUCGUCCAUCGACGUCAGCAGCAGCGCUCGGACACGUCGGUUCGCCCCGCUUACAGCACCCGCUCCUGCAGACGCCAAGCCCAUGCAACGGAGCGUCGGUUUCAAUGUCAAAGCGUCAGCCUCCGCUACUGAAGCCCGCGUCGCCUCGGUCCCCUCGUCCGACAGCCAGACCGCCACGCGAUUCGUGCCGCUAGGAGCGGACGGGAAGCCUAAGCCCGGUCUCGCGUCCAUUCAAGAUCUGGUAGAGGAGGUGACGUCAGCGUCGUCAGCGUCGUCAGCCGCGCAGGGGACGAACUGGCCGGCGCUGGUUACGUCGCUGUCGGGUUCCGCUCCCGGGGUGUGGCGCGUCGGGACAGAUUCCGGCGCCGAGCUCGUGAAUACGUCGCUGCUGAGCAUGGCGAAGCUGACGGCGCUCCCCAAUGGCGGCGUCAGGAUGCACGAUUCUGCUGCUGCUGCUGCUAGUGGGGGGAUUCCGUUCCGGCAAGUGCGGUCUGCGGUUGAGAUGGGGAGGGAUCCGGAUGCGCUGUUGUCGGACGAUGAUUGGCUGAGAUACGCGCAGGGGAAGCACUCGGUGUUUUACGACCCCCUGGUUAAGCUGGCGUUUCAAGUGGCUGCUGACGCGCACCAGGGACAGUUCCGCAAGAGCGGCCAGCCAGUCAUCUCUCACUGCGUGGAGACGGCUCUGAUUCUCGCCGGCAUCGGCGCCGAUAAGGUCGUCGUCGCCGCGGGUCUCCUGCACGACGUCAUCGACGAUACGGCGACGUCGGAGCAGCACCUGCGCGACGUCUUCGGCGACGAAAUCGCGUCGCUCGUCGCUGGCGUGAGCAAGCUCAGCCUCGUCUCGCAGCUCACGCGCGACAGCUCGCGAAACCUCACCCCCGGUGAAAUCGACAACCUUCGCACGAUGUUCGUCGCGAUGGCGGACGUGCGCGUGGUCCUCGUGAAACUCGCCGACCGCAUGCACUGCCUGCGUACCAUCGACGCGCUCCCCGUGAAAACCCAGCAGCGCUUAUCGCGGGAAACCCUGGACGUGUUCGCGCCGCUGGCGAACCGGCUGGGCAUCUGGUCGUGGAAGGCGGAGAUCGAAGACGCGUGCUUCCGCUGCCUGCACCCGCGCGAGCACGCGGACCUGCUGGCGGAGCUGGACCGGAGUAGCGCUCGCGGCGGCGCCCGCGCUAGCAGUAGCAGCGGUAGCGGUUUCGCUAGUAGGAAUGUCACUGGCAGCCGCGAGCGUGCGAAGGAGGAGGAUGGUGUGGGGAGCGGCAGCGGCGGCAGUGGCGGCGAGGCGAGCGUGAUGGCGGCUAUCCGGAAGCUGAGCGCGGCCCUGGAGGCCAAGGGCGUGCAGUUCGAGGACCUGAGCGGGCGGCCGAAGAACCUCUAUAGCAUCUUCAACAAGAUGACCAAGAAGGGUCGGUCGCUGCACGAGAUCAUGGACGUGCGCGGGCUGCGCCUCAUCGCGUCGGACGAGAGCGCGUGCUACGACGCUCUUGCCGUCGUGCACGCUCUCUGGGCGCCCUGGGCCGGCCGCCACCUCAAGGACUACGUGCGCGCGCCCAAGCCCAACGGGUACCAGUCGAUCCACUCGGUGGUGUGCGGUGACGAUGGGUUGCCGCUGGAGGUGCAGAUCCGCACGCCCGCCAUGCACCACCAGGCGGAGUUCGGCGUGGCGGCGCACUGGCGCUACAAGGAAGCGGGCUUCCGAAACAGUAGCGCGGAUAAGACAGCCGGGAAAGGGAACGGUAGCAGUAGUAGUAGCAGUAGCAGGAGAAAAGGCAAAGGUCAGGGUCAGGAGGAUCUGGAACAGGAGGCGGGCUCGUCAUCAGGCCCGUCGCCAGCGGUGCUGGCGAAGAUCGAGUGGGUGCGGUACGUUCUGUCGUGGUACAGCGAGAUGAGCGACACCAAGCUGCGCCUCACCCCGCCCUCCAAGCGCCUCUCCCCCUCCUCCCUCUACCUCGCCAGCAUGGCCGCCGUCGGCUGCGGCGCCCCCGCCACUGCUGUUGCCGCCACUGCCGCCUCCUCCCCGUCCUGCUCCCCCUCCGCCUCGUCCCCCUGCUCCUCCCCUGGCUGCGCGUCCCCGUCUCAGUGCAUGGGUGCCAGUGCCAGUGCAUGCGGUGCUGACUGUGGCGACGCUACCUGCGAGCUUCCGGAGCGAUGCCCCUUCCCGGAGCACUUGGAGUCGUGCCGCUUCCGCAGCUUCCCGUUUGAGUCCACGCCAGCGAGCCCGUCAGGCGAUGCCUUCUCUCCGUUCGCGAGUGCGCCCGUGCCACCAGCGAUGGACGACGAGGAGAUCUACGUGCUGGUGAUGGAGGGCAACAGGAUAUCCGUGAGAGAAAUCCCCGCCAUGACCACAGUCGCUGCGUUCCUGGAGCAGUACUCUGAAGAAACCGCUCUGGAGGAGGAGAACCCCCCCCUGGAGGGGAAUUCCCUCGAGAGGAAACCUCUGGAGGGGACCUCUCCAGACGCGUUGCUGAAGGAACUGUGGCAGAAGCAGGACGAGCUGCGGCUGAAUCACCUCUACCCCCUGCACCAUCUGCACCACCUGCACCACCCGCACCACCCGCACCACCCUCAGCAGCAGAGAGAGAAGCAGGCAGGGACAGGCAGUGGCAGCCGAGUGUCUCUGCGAGUCAACUCGGAGCUGGUAGGGGAGGGUGAGGCCGCUAGUCAGAGGUUGAAAAUGGGCGAUCUGGUGGAGGUAGUAUUGCACCGUGCAAGCCUUGGUGCUGCUGAUUCCCCUGCUGCUGCUGGGGGUGGUGGUGCUGCAGAUGAUGGCGUUCGCCUGUUGGAAGAUGCUCUACCAGGGGCAGGAACAGCGUUUAAGGAGGCGGAGGCAGGGGGGCCGGUGGGGCAGGAAGGGUUGGAGGAGGUGGGGCUGCUGCCGGCGUUCGCGAUGCUGCAUGAGGAGGACGAUGAUGACUGGCUUGUGGUGGCCCAUGGAGGGAGCAGCAGCAGCAGCAGCUUGGGAGGGGCUGUGGCACCUGGGGUCAUGGCCCGUGCUUGGUGCUUGUGAAGAUGGAAUGGAACUGAUUAGUAAGCUUCAGGUGAAGAUGGGGAUGACUGGCUUGUGGCCCAUGGGCGGAGCAGCAGCAGCAGCCCGGGGAUCAUCUGACUCCUGGGGUCAGGGCUGGUGCAUGGUGCAUGGGAAAACCUAGGUGAAGGUGUCUAUUUUGAGGCAUAUUUGUACAUAUGGGAUGUGUUAUGUGUUGGGUGGGUGCAGUGAAAUGGAACACCAGCAGUUGCUAGUGAAGGUGGUAGAUGAGGUUUUAAAUUGAUUGAUUGGCUUGUGUAGACAGCUUUUGCCAUUGUAGCUAAGCUAUGGUAGCAGGUAAUUUCGUCCAGUCUGUACAUAAUAGUGCCUGCAAUGCAAUGUUAGUGCCUUGGGUUCUCUGGGCUUACUAACUAUUAUGUGGUGCAUGUUUCGUAUGCUUCUGUUUCUUCCG